AUGAAAAGAUCGGCAAAAAUCAAGUUGACGGAAACUGUUGUCGAGAAGAAGGUUUGCUCUGUCGUUGAAAGAAAAUCUUGUGAUAUUGAGGAUCUAUGGAAACUACAGGUCGAGCGAAUCACGGAGAUGCGCAAGUCAGGUGAUGCUCCUGUGGAUACCAUGGGAUGCCAUAAGUUACCCGACCCGUUAGCUUCAGCUAAGACUUUUCGUUUCCAAGCGCUAGUAGCGUUGAUGCUGUCAAGCCAAACGAAAGAUGAAGUCACCUCGGCUGCUAUGUAUAGACUGCGAAAACACGGCUGCAACGUUGAUGCUAUGAUAGAAAUCCCAACGGCUGAACUGGAGAAACUUUUGUGUCCAGUAGGAUUUUACAAGGUAUUGUCUGGGAGCCGUAAUAGUAGUGGUAGUGUGUUCCGAAACCCUUCUUUUUUAAGAAGAAGGCAGUUUUCGUCAAGAAGGCGGGCAGACAGUACUAAGGAGAAGUAUGACAGUGUGAAUGUUCCGACACACAUUGAAGAUCUUUGUUCAUUAGCUGGAGUUGGCCCAAAAAUGGCUCAUCUUGUUUUACAAAUCGCGUGGAACAAAGUUGAAGGCAUAGCGGUGGACACUCAUGUGCACCGGAUAGUGAAUCGUCUAGGCUGGAUGAAAACAAGCACACCAGAGCAAACCCGAGUCAAGCUUCAAGAAAUGCUGCCAAGAUCUCACUGGACAACCAUAAAUCCUCUUCUUGUUGGCUUUGGACAACAAAUAUGUCUUCCGAUUGGGCCAAAAUGUGGUUCAUGUCUUUGUCAGGAUAUAUGCCCUUCAUUUACAGUGAAAACGGAGAAGUCAGUGAAGAAGAAGAAGAAGUAA